UGCAUUGCACUCGAGUUGACAUCCAUUUCCAAACCAUACCUACUGUUCAUCGAUGAGCCCACCACUGGUCUCGACACACAUGCGGCACAAGUUGUCAUCCAAUGUCUGAAACAACUGUCCCGUAAUCACGACAUAUCAGUCAUCGUUAGUAUCCAUCAGCCGAACAACGAUUUGUUUCACAUGAUUGACACCAUCUAUGUGUUGGCCAAAGGAGGCCAUUGUCUCUACGAUGGAGUUCCCCAUCAAUUGAGGCAACAUCUCAUUGAUUGCGACAUAACUGUCGGCGAAAACGAAGUGCCGAUUGAAGUGUUAAUUAAAUUGAGUUUCAAUGGACGAGAGGACAGGGAUGUGAAGCGAUUGUGCGCUAAGAAUAAGGAAUUGACAAGUAUGAGUGGAUUGAGCGACGAGACGAGGAUUUAUGUGAAAAGUGGAGGAUUUAAGACAUGUUUUAUACAACAGGAUGUCUGCCAACACCUAUUACGGGGUCUGACUGUCAGACAGGCUCUGGUCUACGCCUCGCGACUGAAGAACUCGCGAAUUAGCGCUCAUUUGGAUCACCAGAUGAUAGCCUCGGAGUUGAUGUCUUCGCUGAUGAUCAGCGAUACGGCGGACAAUAGGGUCGAGACGUGUAGUGGCGGCGAACACAAGAGGAUUGUCAUCGCCUGCGAACUCACGGCUCAUAUAAAGCCUAAUAUGUUAUGUAUUGACGAACCGACCUCUGGUUUGGACAGUAGCGCCGCCCUAGUGGUGAUUAACUGUUUAAAAGUGUUGUCCCGAAGACAUAGGAUGACAAUCAUUGCGUCCAUUCAUCAGCCAAACAACGAUUUGUUUAACAUGUUUGACAACAUCUAUGUGUUGGCCAAACGAGGGGUAUGUCUGUACGCUGGACCCCCUCUACCACUUCGACACCACCUCCACGACAAUGACAUUGUGUUGACCCAAAACGACGUCCCCAUUGAAGUGGUGCUUACGAUAGCAUCCGGUGACAAACGAAUGACUGAUUUUGAAAAACUUAUGUCAAAACAAAAUAGCAAUGAAUCGGACGAUAAGCUCAUUGAGGGAAACAUGCGAUUAGUUUACGGCAAACAAAACCCCACAAAACGGUUCAGUUUUCGUGACGUGUAUUGCCUACUGAUGCGGUCCAUGAGAUACGCAUACAUAAGCCAAUGGAAAACGUUGGCCUUGCAAAUUAUCAUGUUAAUCUAUACAGGCAUGAUGCUCAGGAUCAUUUUGGGCACCGAGAUUAUUGUGCCCGAUGGCUGCAUGACAAUUGAGUUUGGUUCCGGGUGCGACCAG